AGUUUUUAUUCACUUGAAUUGGCUAGAUAAUGUCAUUGCCAACUCCUGUAUAUAAGCUGAAUGCUGCACAGAAGCAUUCAGUCUAUGAGCCAGCUGAGGACACAUUCCUUCUCUUGGACGCUAUUGAAAAAGAUAUUCAGAUGUUGCGAGAGUUAUCACCGAAAAUCGUGCUGGAAAUUGGCUGUGGUUCCGGCGUAGUAUCCACUUUUGUGAAUCAGGCACUAGGAGGAAAUGUCACCUCAUUAGCGACAGACUACAAUCCGGACGCUCUCGAAUGUACUUUGGAAACAGGACGUUUGAAUGGUGUCAAAAUUGAUGUUGUACGAACCGAUCUCGAUAAAGGAUUAGAUCACCUAGAGGGCCAAGUCGAUGUGCUUCUCUUCAAUCCUCCCUAUGUACCAACAGAAGAUGAUCCUCAGAACGAUCUCGAACGAUGCUGGGCUGGUGGGCCAAGUGGUCGUGGAGCAGUUGACCGUCUUCUGCCUCGAGUACCUAAGCUGCUUUCCUACAAAGGAGUAUUCUACCUUGUAGCCUUGCACGCAAAUGACGUACCAGCACUGCUGAAUUCGUGCCCUGGUCUCAUCGGAUCCAUCGCUAUGGAACGGCGAUGUGGCAUAGAACACUUAUAUGUUAUUAAGUAUACUCGAAAAGCAGAUUAGGUGCUCCUUCUUCAAUGGCAUCAGAAAAGGAUGUUCUACAAGUUUGCAGAAAAUCUUCCUCAGCAGGCGAAUCAAAGUAUGUCUCGUUGUCCUGGUCACUUCACUCUGUAAAUAUUGUAAAUUUUUAACAUUUGUUGGAAAUACGAGCUGGCGACUCCAAUGUAUAAUAUAUACUAGGGUGAACGGUAAAAAAUGGGGCACUUACGAAAUAACCAGAGGUUUCUCAAGAA